CAAAAAUAUAUUAAAAGCACUCGAAAUCAUAUCUAAAUUCCACGCAUGACGACGAAUUUAGUCAACAUGGGCACCAAAUUCCCCUUCAAAACCUUCCAAAACACUCCUCAACAUCCCAAUCGGCAAAACGACCCAAUUUUUCCGGCCAUGGGAACCCACAAUUCCGGCGAUAAUUCGCCGCCGUCGUGGAAACCCAGCGGCUCGAGCCCCCAUAAAAGCCCGUCCCACCCCCUCCUCGGCCGCCAUCGCCGCUCGUCCUCGCCGGACUCCCGCGCGGAGGCCAUCGCCCGGGGGCAGUGGGAGCUCAUGGAGAUGGUGAGGAACAUGCCGGAGUCCUGCUACGAGCUCUCGCUGAAGGAUCUCGUUGAGAGCCACCGGGAAUUAACCGGAAACGGCUCGAUUGGGGAUAGUCGAGGGGCGGAUCUGCACCGGCGGGCGGCGGCGGCGGCGAAAUCGAGGGUUGGUGGUUUUGAGAACAGGGGGAUGUAUUUGAAAAUGGCGUUUCCGUUUUCGGUGGAGGGUAACAAGAAGAAGGAGAAGACGGUGGCGGUGGUGAAGAAUUACGGCGGUGGCGGCGAUUUUAGCGGCGGUAGGGUUUCUCCGAGUUUUGAUGUGGUGAAGGGUGGUAGCUGCGAGGUGGAUUGGUGGAGGAAGGGGUUCACGGCGUCGAGCGAUAGCGACAGCAGCAGGACCAGCGGCGGAGGAAGAAGCACGACCACCGUGAGCAGCGGUGGAGGGAACGUCAGUAGCGGCGGGGGUGGUGCCGGACCUGCCGGUGGCAGUCGAGUUGGUAAAAAAGUGAAGCUCAAACAACAUUGA